ACAUUCUUGGAAACACGCGUGGCUAUUCUGGAUUGUUAUCUCGUGUUAUUUUCGCAAGAUUUUGCCCUUAGAGUAGGGCUAUAAUGGCGUUUUACUUUGCUCUUUUGAAUGUCUCGAAAAAGGACAAUAAUUCGGAUCGGCAGGCUUCAUCGUCUUCCCAUAGACGGCAUCGGAGGCAUUCGAUAGCUUCCGUGGAGUCUCCACUACUGGAUUAUAGGCUUUUACCGCGACCACAACUGCUCUCCGAUGACGUAGUGAUCACCAAUGAGCUGGCUCAUCACGUGGAAGCCUCCUCCUCCUCGGCUCACAAUCUCCAGCCCCACGCCUCUCCGCAUCGGCUCUCGGAGAGAAGAAGCCGUGGAAGUGCUCGAGCGUCGAAGUGGGUUCAGGAGAAUGCUCACAACCAUCAACCACCUCCUCAGCAGCUCCCCACAUCAAGCUCUCGGAGCCAGAUCCCUGUCCCAUGCGAUCCUCCGCCACUGAGUCGGAGCAAGAGAAUGGCCUUUGGGGAGCAGCAGCAGCAGCAGGAGUCUAGUAAAAAGCCUGAGAGAAGAGCUGGAAGAAUGAAAAACUCCGAGGAAGAAAGAGCUCGAAAGGAGCCUGAUGGGAAGGAGGAUGGGAAGCGGGUGAGGAAGAAGAGCCAACGGGGUGGAGGACUGAGAGGUGGAGCUGCUGGACGGGGUUCUGGAGCUGGAGCUGGAGCCAAAGAAGGUCAGAUGGACGGAGGAGCUGGAAAAGCGGAAGAAGGAGGGCACAAGAAGGAAGAGCCGAGAAAAAAGGAGCCAACUCGAUUUCUGAAGCGUGGAGUCAAAAGCCAACUUUCCAACUCCUCCUCAGCUGAGCAAUGCGGCAAACCUCCGGAUCCCACCAUGAAAAAUAUACGUGAACUUCUGCAGCCCCCGCCGAAGCUGGCCCCGUUGACAGUGGCAACGUCUAGCUCUAGUACAAACUUGAUUUCCUCCACAAACUCCAAGUAUUCCUCGCCUCCAGUAUCAUUUUCCAAUGGGAAGAAGCAGCAGCGGAAAGACCAUCAAUUCCGCUCCCCAGCAGCGUUUCAAAUAAUGGCUGGGAGCAGUGCAACCGACGAGAGCGGUCGUUCGAGCAGUCAAAUGAGCAAUGAGAGUACCACACCAAGGAGAGAUGACAGUCCGGCUUCAUCGUGUGAUAUCAAGGAGCAAGAGGUGACAAUGAAGCUCUCCGCCGUGUCAAUGUCCUCGAGGACCAGUGAGCCAAAGCUGAAGAAAGUGACGUUCGAGAGCUCACCAUAUGUUAUAUCGAACUCUUUUUUAGGAGAUGGAGCGGGCAAAGUGCUGGUAGUCCGCCGUGGCAGCGGAACAGCAAUCCGACGGGUCGGCCCGGUUGGGGCGAGUGGAUGGAAUCAGCCGGCCAGGAAAGGGGACGAAGUGUCUGGCGACGACUGGUGGACUCCGUGUGGAAAAGACGACGAGGAGGAAGCAAUCAAUGAUAAUCAGCUAAACAAGCAUCUGGAGAAGGGCGCUGAGAAGAGAUCCAUUCUCCGCCGUGGCCUAAUCCGUCGGCGGAGCACCUCCGACAAGACUAGGCUUUUGGCUUAUCGGAAUACCGGGUUCCUGACAUCUUCCCAGGAGAGAAAGUCGGAAUCUACGCCUACAUCAAGAAUGACCGUCUCAGUGGAUCGUCCAACAAAGUAUAAAUAAAUUAUUUUCUGUUGGAUUUUGACUGGGUUCUCUGUUGUUUUCAAUAAAAAUUGGAAUCUCAA